AGGAUCAAAGAGGUCCCUUAUCAAGGGUCCAACUCAUUUUCCAUAAGCUAAUCUUUCUAAAACAUUCUAAUAUAAUGAGAGUGGUUCACCCAUUCUCAUCCUCCAUUCCCGUCACCACCAUCCUCUCAACUCCCUAGCACCUCUCUCUCUCUCUCUCUCUCCGAAAUGAAGUCCCUCCUGGAAUUCGUGACCUGCUGUGGGUCUGCCCCCAGUCGGCCGGACCCACUGCGAGCGAAGGAGAGGCAGUUCCUCGUGCUUCCCUCGUCACGGCAACGGCAACGGCAACGGCCUUCCCGGGGCCGUUAUCAGAACCGGAAGCGAGGGAGCUCGGGAUCGUCGGCCGAUUGGCGGCCCUCGCUGGGAGCGAUUUUAGAGGACAAUGUGGUGCCGGAGUCGGAGAGAGAAAGGUGGAGGAGUAUGAACGCUGGAUCUGAGAGAAUGCUGAAGAGAAAGGUGUCGUCGUCGUCGUCGUCCGCCACCACUGCUGCCGGAGUUUCUGUCCUUAAUUACAGUAGCGACAAUUCCGGGAGAAGUUGCUUUCCGAUAAUCACGUCAUCGUUCUCAGCAGCACCGUUCAUGUUUUGAGGGGGAGGGGGAGGCAAUGUUACGUGGAAUGGGUUUUUUAUUCUCUGUUCAAUCAUCAACAUCUCUACUGUAUGUUUUUGGUUUUAACAAGUAUUACCUUAAAUCCCUCGACCUUUGCUGUUUAUAUAUAUAUAUAUAUAUAUAAAUAAGCGGCGUGUACACAUUAUAUAUGUAUAAUAAUUAUGUUAGAAAAUUUUAAA